AUGUCUGAAUCGUUUUUCCUGUGGCUUCUCAAUAUUAUUGCUGCUGCGCCAGAUCAAUCACAGAUUAUCAAUCAAAAGUAUCUAAUGGUGCAAAUUGAUAUCAUCAACUGUGCCCGAUCACCGAGGCAAGAAGUGACGAGCGGCGCAUUGGAAGAGGGUUGGACGUUGAGGAAUGUUCUUGGAGGUGUUGCAGACGGGUGUUGCACCUGGGGUGAGGGAGGUUGUGGCCCUGGUAGUAGACCUUACCUAGUACUACUCCUCAGCCCGCCGGGCCGGCGAGGCGGAGAGAAUGCCGGUGAUUAUUAA